AUGGCCGUCACUCACCCACCCCACUUGUGUACGAGCAUAUUUUGCGCCAUAACUCUCGCCUGGAAAACUUUUCCGUCAUGGAAACUUGGCAAGUGGACAAAAACUGGGAGCAAAUCUUUCUACUUCGAAAGGAAUCAGGAUCUAAUUUAUUUUUUAACAAUCAAUGGCUCGCAUCUAGCUUCAAGUGAUAAAGGUAUCAAAAAUGACGAAGUGAUUAUUGAUCAAGGAGAGACAAACAAGGCUUCUAUUCCAAAUCACAAGCUGAGUGAGAUAUCUAUCAUUUUGGAGUGGAGUCCCUUGGAGAUGUUUGCUAUGAUUUGUGGUUUGCCAGCAUUGGGUAAAUUUAGUUCCUUUGAGGAUCUUCACUUGAAAUUCUGA